AUGGACCCGCAUAAGUUUCUAUCAAAUCGACACAUUAGCAUACCAACGGGGCCAGAAGUCGCACAACACCACGAGAAGGAGGCAACACAUGACCCUGUGUCAUCUCGGCCCUCCAUAGCGACCCAAAGCGUGUCAGAGGGCAGUUAUUACCACCCGAUAUCACAAUAUACUGGUUACUACCAGGUUCCCGAGUCGAACCCUAUCGCAGCCCAUGGGCCCGAACCUCAGAAACCCAACAGAACGAAGUGCCACAUUGAACGAAAUGGUUGGAUCCUUAUAUUGGUCAUAGUCGCCCUAAUCGUAGGCGCUGCUGUGGGUGGUGGAGUGGGAGGGAGUCUCGCGGUUGAACGAGCAAAAGCCGCCGCGGUAACGGCCAACGCGACACCGACAUCCUCUGCCCCACAAACCUCAUCAACCGCAACAUCGACAAGUACAUUUUAUACCAUGCCGACCGACGUCACGAGGGGUGACGUGGACGUUGCGGUUGCAUUAGAUUGUCCUGCGAUUGACGGACGAUCUACUACAAUCCUGGGGUCCACUUGGCUACCAGCUUGCGGGUUGGACUUUACAGGAUCCGGAAACCCCAGUAUUGACAUUCUGGCUGCGACGACCUACUCCUGGGAGGACUGUGUGCGAGCUUGUGCGACGUACAACAAGAAAUCCGGCUCCCGAGGCUGCGUGGGCAUAACAUUUAACGCUGACCUUUCUGGUUACGUCAAGGCCUACGAGGGCAAUUGCUUCUUGAAGAACGCGACUACGACGUAUGAGAGGACUGGCCUUAGCAAUAGAAGGACGGUCUUGGUGGUGAUGUAUGGUAUACGGCGACCAGAUCCAAUUGAUACCACUACGCGAAUGCACAAUGCACACAUGCAGGAUACGAUUGCCAUUCGAACAGCUGCCUUAGUCAAUCCUUGUGCGGGAUGCGAUGCGGCCUCCACCGUGUCCACACCCCUGCGCCGCUCGGCUACAGGAGCCCGGGCCCUCCAUGCUAUCUGUGCAACCCUUCGCCUGGCUGUCGCCCCGAACCCCGGCGGAUGGCGACGUCUAUUGGCUUGGCUGAAGCCGCUGCGGGGUCAGACGAGCCUCGCUGUUCUGAUCCUUAUCCAGCAUCGCCUCCGACGCGCGGGUGGAUCUUUCCCCCAUCCCCGGUCGGAUGCGUGGACGAUUUCGAGCAUCGUCUCACCGCUCGCGGGCGCGCCAAACACGUGCGACGACACCAUGGCGUCCAGAAUGAAGCUGUACAAGAUCGUGGUGCUAGGCGACGGCGGUGUGGGGAAGACGGCGCUGACGAGCCGGCUGUGCUAUCAGCACUUCGUGGAGACGUAUGACCCUACGCUGGAGGACAGCUAUCGGAAGCAGUGCGUCAUUGACGACCAAACCUGCAUGCUGGAGGUCCUGGACACAGCGGGCCAGGAGGAGUACACAGCCCUGCGGGAGCAGUGGAUACGCGACGGCGACGUGUUCCUGCUGGUGUUCAGCAUCACCUCCCGGACCACGUUCGACGGCGUGCGCAACUUCUACCGGCAGCUGCAGCACGUGAAGCAUUAUCCCGAGGAUGCCCCCAUGCCGAUGAUUCUCGUGGGCAAUAAGACCGACCUGGCCACCUCGCGGGCGGUCUCGACCCAGGAAGGCCAGGCCUUGGCCAAGGAGUUCAAGGUUGCGUAUCUGGAGACCUCGGCCAAGGACGGCACCAACGUAGAGAGGGCUUUCUACGACCUGGUGCGGCUGUGGAGGCGGCAGAAGAAGAACGAGGACCCCGACGGUGCGAAAUCCCACCCCGACUCGUGGCCUGCCACUCCCAGCAAGGGGAAGUGGAAGACGCGGUUCUCGCGCAUUUUUGGCUCAUCGAGCAAGUGA